AUGGCGCGGGUCCUCCUCGACUGGAUCCCGUUCAACGAGAUUCGGCAUGUCAAGCUUGUGGGACAGGGCUCGUUUGGCAAGGUGUUCCGUGCAGAGUGGCAUGGUAAUGAUGUGGCUAUCAAGAUUCCCCGGUCACGGAGAGACCAAGAGGAUCUGUUUCGAGAACUGCAGCUGCUGAUGGACAUCAAUCAUCGGAAUGUCAUCACCAUUCAUGGCAUGACUAACACUACGGUGCAUGGUGAACCAAAGAUUGGUGUUGUCAUGGACUAUCUCGCUUUUCAGCUAGGUGAUCUCAUUCGUGACGUCGAUCCGGUCAAGGUGGCCAAGGGUAUCGCGCGUGGCAUGCGCUACCUCCACUCGCACAACGUUCUCCAUCGCGAUCUUAAGCCCGACAACAUCCUUCUUGAUCGCCAGGGCAACCCACGGAUCACAGACUUUGGCCUCGCCCGCUUCCUCAACGGAUCAACGCCCGUCGACGUACUCAACCUCUCGUUUGGCACGGGAACAGACGGGUACAUGGCGCCCGAGGUCGACUCGCCCUCGGCUGAUGGCUACUCCUUUCCGGCAGACGUCUACUCGUACGGCAAGCUCAUCGAGCUUCUCUACCGCAAAAACCUCUCGGCCCCGCGCAUUCUCAAGCGCCUUGCUGCUGCUUGCUGUGAGGUGAAUCCGGCAAAACGGCCUUCGUUCAACCGCAUUUGCCGCAAGCUCCGCCCGCUCCGCGAGCUCAACCUGCCCGAGUUCCAGUUCUCCUCGCAGUCGUCCAUGUCCGACUCGGACGACAUUCCGUCCGGCGGCUCGGCCACCUCAUCCACCACCAACCGCUCGGCUUCAGGCUCGUCGUCGUCCAACUCGUCGACCUCGCACCGGACAGGCUUUAUUGCCCGCCGCGAUCUUCUCGAGUCCGAGUCGCAGUCCUCGCUUGUCACCGACGACCUUGUCAUUACCCCGCGCCACCUACACACCGCCUCGCCGCUCGCCUUCCGCGCCCCGCCUGCCGCCUCGCCCCCUGUGGCCAACCCAGAUGCUCUCCCGCAGACCUCGCGCGCGCAAGGCUCUUCGCCUCUCGCCACGGCCCGCCUCGCUCCGUCUGGCCAGUCUACCUCCAUGGUCACUCUCUCUUCUGCUCAACUCCGCUAUCCAAGCCUGGCCUCGAUCGACGUCGGCUCGUCGUCGGAAACUGCGCUACCGGCCUCCGCUCGCUCGUCGGUGGCCUCGGAAGAGCAGGUCCCCCUCCACACCUCGUCGUCGGUUGCGUCACUGGCCGUUGACAAACCCCUCUUGGGGCCCUCGCUCGACAACCAGCCGCACUCGGCUCGCCCGGGCCUCGCUCCGCCGCCGCUCGCCCCGAUGCCGGCUGUCGAGCCCGAGUCGCCGUGCUCGCCUUUUUCGCCAUUUACGCCACACGCCGCUGCCGUCGAGGCCCAAACCCAGGCCUUCGUUCAGCACCACUCGUCGAGCACUACACUUGGCACGAUGACCACCUCGAGCAACAACACCCCGACUUCGCCCAACUUUCCACAUGCCACCGGUAUCCGCUCCCAAAGCGUCGCGCCGCGCGAGCCGGGCGCCGACGUUGAUGACCGCUCAAAAGCAGCACUCUACUCGGGUAGCGCUGUGAACGACGGCCGCGCGGCCUCGCUCGAGCCUGGCCGCCGUCGCCGCGCGGCCUCGCUCGCCCACUCACAACGGCCAGAGAUACACAUCUCGCCGCUGCCACUGCGGCCAAAGUCGGUGCUUUCGUCGUCGUCGUCAGACAUAACGCUCGACCUCCGCAUCGACCCAAGCCCAAAGCCGCUGUCGAACGCGCCGUAUGACGUCGAGCGCCACCCGUCCAUGCCACCAGCCAACCUUCCGCCGCUUCAUUCGCCACCGAGCCGCUCCGUCACCCGCUCGUCGCCGCACCGGACUCUGCUCUUGGGAAACUCGUCGUCGUGUAACCUGUGCACGGUCUCAUCGACAUCCACCUCCUCGGAGGACUCUUCUUCACCUCUUCUGCGUCGCUCGGCUCUGCAUGCCGCGCCUGCGUCCCUGUCGUCGUCUUCUUCGUCGUCGUCUUCCACCUCCUCGUCGGCCUCGCCGUCGGGCCGUCGCUCGGCCGAGCCGUCGGAUCGCCGCCACCGUGGCGACCGUACCGGCCGCCGCACCUCCUUUGCCGUCUCAGGCACUACAGCCAACUCGCGCGGCUGCAGCCCACAUGCUCGUGUGGCAAAGUUGGCCCUCGUAUCCGGCGUCUCUGGUGGUGACAUCUCGCUGCGGAAGCACCGCUCGCCCCACCGCUCUGACCGCCCGCCAAGGACCGCAGGGGCUCUCCGCGCGACCGCCGCGCUCGCCGCGGCCACAACCGUCGCCACCGCGGCCGCCACGGUCGCAACCGGGACCGGGACCGCGACCGGAACCGCAACCACACCCGUGACCGGGACCAUGACCACGCCCGCGACCGGGGCCGAGAUCGAAACCGGAACCACCCGCGGCCAGCAUCACGCUGGUCGUGACCGCGACCGCGACCGCAGAAUGCACGCCCACGGCCACAAGAACCGCGAUCGUGAUCGCGGUCGUGAUCGCGACUAUGCCCGUGGCCGCACACGGGGCAAGGACAAGGCUAGGGCCAAGACCAAGGCCAGGGCUGAUGUACGCCACCGCGACGCCAAGUGCGACCGCUCGCCGUGUAAGCAGUCUGCAAGUCCGAGACACAGGCUCCACAGCCUCGUGCCCGCAAGAUCGCCGUCCCCCGGCUCGGCCUCAUCAUCGCUCUCUAUCCAAACGCAGACGCUUAACCGCUCACGCUCAACCGCCAUCGUCGCCGCCGGACGCAAGUUUUCCUGCCUAGGCAGCCCGCAGGCGAGCCAAACGCAGGUAAUGGCGACCGCCACGUCAACGUCUGCAGUAUCAGUAGUUCUGCGACCUGGCCUCCGUGGAUCCAGCAUCGGCCCUGACGCGAGCCAGCGCGACACCUCGGGUGGCGACAGGCGGAGGAAAAGGGAUACCCACGACUACAAGCGAUCCCAGACAAGCGAUGUGGACGAGCAGCUGGUCCUACCCCACACGUCAACGACUCGGAGCUCGCAGCCGAAGGGAAAGGCCAAGGGCAAGGUCAAGGCCAAGGGCAAGGCCAAGGCCAAGGGUAAGGCCAAGGGUAAGGCCAAGGCCAAGAGUAGGGUCAAGCGACGCGGUCGGACACCCAAGGCCAAGGGCAAGGCCGUGGCCAAGGGCAAGGGUAAGGCGCGCGAGUCGCGGAAACGCAAUGGUCUGGUCAAGAGCAGCUUGUCGCGUCGAUCGGCGACGCACCGGAUGCGGCGGCCGUCCGAACUCAACGAGAUUGAGCGGAGCAACAAGGCGUUCGUGGACCUGCACCUUCGGGACAACAGCUUUGCAGCUGCGUCGUCACCAGUGCUGACAGUGGAUAAGGUGGUUUUCCAGCGGACCAAGAAGGCGUGUGAUGGGUCGGACGAUGAGAGCUCGUCGGACCACGUCUCGCUCGACGUGACCAAGGCCGCUGCAGCGCUUCAGUCGUCGUCGUUCUCGGCCGACGAAGAGCCGCCGCGGCCGGCGCUGUCACCGGAAGUGCAGAUUGUCGCCGAGUGGCUCGCCGAGUGGGAGCCGCAGCAGUACGGCUUUGUCCUUACUACCUUUAUCUCACCAACAACACUCGCCACGCUGGCGGCUGAGAUCAACGCACGGCGGGCAACGCCCGAGAAGCUGGCCACCCGCGAGCUUGAGCGCAACGCUGUGCUCGCGCAGAACAUGUUCCCGAUUCCGGUCUGGCACCGCAUCCUCGACUUUCUUGACGAGCCGCGCGACCGCGCUGCAGCCGCGCAGGCCUGCUCGCUCUUCCGCUCGCUCACAAGUGGGACCGCAUCGCCCGGUGAGGAAUCGGACUUUUCCGACGUCGACUAGCCGCCACGAUGACCGUGGCAGAGCUACAUGAAGCCCGGCGGUGGGCGCGGUUGGACCGGCGAGCCGAGCAUGGUACCGCCGGCCUGCGAUUGCUGCAUCAUCUGCGAGAGCGUGUGGAUCUGCGUCCGCAGCUGGACAUUGGCGGUAAAGAGCUCGUUGACCGUUCGCUGCUCCUGGAUGAGGAUGGGCAACAGGUCGCGCAUCUGAACGGUCUCGUCGUCGUAAACGCAAAAGACUUCGGG